AUGAACUUCUCGCCCGCCAAAAGAAAAAACGAGUGCGACGAGGAGCGCAAAAAGGCCCCCAAAACCCUCUCUGAGGCCGACCUCCACGCAGUCACCUCGCUGAACGAAUGGCCCGUCUACAACCACCCGCAGGGAGGCACCAUCAAAAUCACCCCCUGGGGAGCUCUUCGCCAGUACAUCGCCAACGGCGAGACGGUGACGCGUUUUGAGGACGUUUCGUUCACCGACUACGACUUUGGUGUGGCGGCACCGUGUCCACCGGUGGCAGUCGUGGGUCCCGUUUCGCAGCAGCCGCUGGAAAUGCCCUCGACGCCCAUGUCGCUCGGACUGAAGUGCUCGUCGCCGGCGCCCGAGGUGCGAGUGAGUCCUUGGUGCGAGGCCGAGGGCUACGUUGUGGACGGGUACCGGGGCGAGCAGGGCGAGCAGGGCGAGCAGCGAGGGUUUGAGCGGGAGCAGGAGCAUUUUUUCGGCAUGAUGGACCAGGACGGUGAGGACUAA